UGUGGCAGAGCUGGCCCUGCAUUUAUUCAAAUGGACAAUUUGCAAUAGAUAUUAUACCCAGAACGGAACUGUGCCUAGUCCAAUAGAUGAGGUGUUUAAUAUCGUCCAACUGCCAUAAAGCAACAGCUUCUUUUUCCUCUUCAGAAAAUUAAACCAAACACAAGAUGAAAAUGUGGUUGCUGGUCGGUCCUCUUGUUUUAUUAUCUUUUACAACUUGUCUAGCAGAGUUUACGUGGCACAGAAGGUACGGUCAUGGAGUUUCUGAGGAAGACAAGGGAUUUGGCCCGAUCUUUGAAGAGCAACCAAUCAAUACCAUUUAUCCAGAAGAAUCUCUGGAAGGAAAAGUCUCACUCAACUGCAGGGCAAGGGCCAGCCCUUUUCCAGUUUACAAGUGGAGAAUGAAUAAUGGGGAUGUGGAUCUGACAAGUGACCGGUACAGCAUGGUGGGUGGGAACCUCGUCAUCAACAACCCUGAUAAGCAGAAAGACGCUGGCAUAUAUUAUUGCUUGGCCUCAAAUAACUACGGGAUGGUGCGGAGCACAGAGGCAACACUGAGCUUUGGGUAUCUUGAUCCUUUCCCACCUGAAGAACGUCCUGAGGUCAAAGUGAAAGAAGGGAAGGGAAUGGUUCUCCUCUGUGAUCCUCCCUACCAUUUUCCAGAUGAUCUUAGCUAUCGCUGGCUCUUAAAUGAAUUUCCUGUCUUUAUCACAAUGGACAAACGAAGAUUUGUGUCUCAGACAAAUGGCAACCUCUACAUUGCAAACGUUGAGGCUUCUGAUAGAGGCAAUUAUUCCUGCUUUGUAUCCAGUCCUUCUAUUACCAAGAGUGUGUUCAGCAAAUUUAUCCCACUCAUUCCAAUCCCUGAACGAACAACAAAACCAUACCCAGCUGAUAUCGUAGUACAGUUCAAGGACAUAUAUGCACUAAUGGGUCAAAAUGUGACUCUAGAAUGUUUUGCACUUGGAAAUCCUGUUCCUGAUAUCCGAUGGAGGAAGGUGCUAGAACCAAUGCCUAGCACUGCUGAGAUUAGCACCUCGGGAGCUGUCCUGAAGAUCUUCAAUAUCCAGCUAGAAGAUGAAGGCAUUUAUGAAUGUGAGGCUGAGAAUAUUAGAGGGAAGGAUAAACACCAGGCAAGAAUUUAUGUUCAAGCGUUUCCAGAAUGGGUAGAACAUAUCAAUGACACAGAGGUUGACAUAGGCAGUGAUCUCUACUGGCCUUGCAUAGCUACCGGAAAACCCAUCCCUACCAUCCGAUGGCUGAAAAAUGGAUAUGCGUACCAUAAAGGGGAGCUGCGACUCUACGAUGUGACUUUUGACAAUGCUGGCAUGUAUCAGUGCAUUGCAGAAAACACUUAUGGAGCCAUCUACGCCAAUGCUGAGCUGAAGAUUCUGGCUUUGGCUCCAACUUUUGAAUUCAAUCCAAUGAAGAAGAAGCUUCUGGCUGCUAAAGGAGGAAGGGUGAUCAUUGAGUGUAAGCCCAAAGCUGCACCAAAACCUAAGUUUUCCUGGAGCAAAGGAACAGAAUGGCUUGUCAACAGCAGUAGAGUCCUGAUUUGGGAAGAUGGGAGCUUGGAAAUCAAUAAUAUUACAAGGAAUGAUGGCGGUGUCUACACGUGCUUCGCAGAGAAUAACAGAGGGAAAGCUAACAGCACCGGCACCCUUGUAAUCACAGAUCCCACCCGGAUCAUCCUGGCUCCCAUUAACGCUGAUAUCACGGUUGGAGAGAAUGCCACCAUGCAAUGUGCAGCAUCCUUCGACCCCAGCCUCGACCUCACCUUCGUGUGGUCCUUCAACGGUUAUGUGAUUGAUUUCAACAAGGAGAAUGUGCACUACCAGAGGAACUUUAUGCUGGAUGCCAAUGGAGAACUCCUCAUCCGAAAUGCCCAGCUCAAACACGCAGGAAGAUACACGUGCACCGCCCAGACGAUUGUAGACAAUUCUUCAGCCUCAGCUGACCUUGUUGUGCGAGGUCCCCCAGGUCCCCCAGGUGGUCUGAGAAUAGAAGACAUCAGAGCCACUUCUGUGGCACUUACUUGGAGCCGUGGUUCAGACAAUCACAGUCCUAUCUCUAAGUACACUAUCCAGACAAAGACCAUUCUUUCAGAUGACUGGAAAGAUGCAAAAACAGAUCCCCCAAUUAUUGAAGGAAACAUGGAGGCCGCAAAAGCAGUGGAUUUAAUCCCAUGGAUGGAGUAUGAAUUUCGUGUGGUAGCAACCAAUACAUUGGGCAUGGGAGAGCCCAGUUUACCAUCAAACAGAAUUAAAACAGAUGGUGCUGCACCCAAUGUGGCUCCAUCUGAUGUAGGCGGUGGGGGUGGAAGCAACAGGGAACUGACCAUUACCUGGGCGCCCUUGUCAAGAGAAUACCAUUAUGGCAACAAUUUUGGUUACAUCGUGGCUUUUAAGCCAUUUGAUGGAGAAGAAUGGAAAAAAGUGACAGUUACUAAUCCAGACACUGGCAGAUACGUCCAUAAGGAUGAAUCCAUGAGCCCUUCUACUGCCUUUCAAGUAAAAGUUAAAGCCUUCAACAACAAAGGAGAUGGGCCGUACAGCCUCAUAGCUGUCAUUAACUCAGCACAGGAUGCUCCCAGUGAAGCCCCUACGGAAGUCGGUGUCAAAGUCUUAUCCUCUUCUGAGAUUUCAGUUCACUGGAAGCAUGUUUUAGAAAAAAUAGUAGAAAGCUACCAGAUUCGCUAUUGGGCGGCCCAUGACAAGGAAGCAGCAGCACACCGGGUUCAAGUCCCCAGCCAGGAGUAUUCAGCCAGGCUGGAGAACCUCCUGCCCGACACUCAGUACUUUGUGGAAGUCGGAGCCUGCAACAGUGCUGGGUGUGGACCUUCAAGUGAUGUGAUUGAGACCUUCACCAAGAAAGCACCUCCCAGCCAACCACCAAGGAUCAUAAGUUCCAUAAGGUCCGGUUCACGUUACAUCAUCACCUGGGACCACGUGGUUGCACUGUCCAAUGAGUCUACUGUGACAGGAUACAAGGUCCUCUACAGGCCUGACGGGCAGCAUGACGGCAAGCUGUACUCCACGCACAAGCACUCCAUCGAGUUGCCCAUCCCCCGCGAUGGAGAGUACGUGGUGGAGGUUCGAGCACACAGUGACGGGGGAGAUGGAGUUGUGUCUCAAGUAAAAAUUUCAGGUGCACCCACCCUGUCUUCAGGCUUUCUUGGCUUACUGCUGCCUGCCCUGGGCAUCCUUGUGUACUUGGAAUUCUGAAUGUGGCGUGUGUGCCAUCUGCCAUGGUCAGCCCAGCUCCGAGGACGCUCUCCAUCCUGGGAUGACCACACUUCCUUCCAGUUCCCUGCGGUUCCAUCGCAAGUCCAACAAAUCAUACUUCAACCAACUACCCAAACUGAUUGACAACAUGUGAUGACUGAGGCAUUCAGGAACCCCCUCAUCCAAAAGAAUCAACUUUAAAACAUAUAUAUAUAUAUAUAUAUAUCAAAUGAUUUUUAACUCGUUCCGAUAUGCCUUAUAAACCAUUUAACCUGAUUCUGGGACGGUUGCAUGAUUUAACCCAACGGGACAAGUUACAGUGUUCAAUUCAAUACCAUAGGCUGUGGGGGUGGGAGGGGGAAGAGGCAAAUCACCAUACACAGGUGCUUUCAAUUUAACCACAAGUUGUGACAUAGCCUAGAGGUUGAAAUGUUGAUCGUAUGUGGUAAAUGUAAGAGUAAUACAGUCUGUUAUAUUAUCCUCUCUGUCUGGGGUCCUGCAUUAUUCUUAACUGCCCCAAUCAUUCAUGGCAUUUUGAGUUCUCUUGAACAAAACCAACAAAAAACAAAAAGAAUAUAACAGAAACCUUUUCCCUUUGCUGAAGAAGUUGAAAAAUCUUGAAUAUCAAAAAUCAAAUUUCAGAACUUAACUAUCAGUAUUUCUUCUUUUUUGAUGUAAUUUUCUAAAUAUUUGACAUUUUUUUUCCAGAAUCAGUGAUAACUUUUCAGUUCAUUAUUUGAUGAUACAGUUCACGUGCCAUCUAGAGAUUGUUUUUUGUUAUUGUUGUUGUUUACUUAUAUUCUACUCUGAAGUUAUUUUGUGUUUUUCUUUUCAUCAAUAUCAAGCCAUCAAUACACAACAUAGGGCCCCUAUCUGGAAUAGCAUCACCUUGCUGUAUUUAUUCAUAUGUGGAAUGAUGAAUUUUGAGAAAUAGAGUGCUUCCAUUUUUUAAAAUUGAAAUGUGACAGUCUUUAUAUAGUUAGGAACAAAUAAAUGACAGUUAGUGAAUAUUAGAAUUACAGAAUAAUAUUCUAGUAUCUUUGUUUUGUGCCUCAUUCCUAAAGUAAAAUCUUUCUUUAUUGAAGGUACAGAAUCAAGAAGUCGUCAUCUGUAGGCUGAAAAAGCCACAGAAUUUCUUUUAUUAAAAAUAACAAAUUUGAAGCUCAUUUCCCAUUAUAAGGCAAUACUGAAAACUGGCUAAAAAUACCAAACCAAUACAUUGUGUAUGGUACUAUGAAGAAUAUGCAGAAAAGGAAAGGCCAGGGAGAGACCGUUUUUUUGUCUGACAGUGUCUCCCAAGCAUUGGUGCUUCAGGUUUUUAUAAAUUGUGAAAAGGAAAAAUACACACACAUUUUGUCAUUCGCCAUGGUGUGCAUGGAAAUGUGUUUGAGCGUGGAUGAGGAAGAAUUCGGGUAAUAAAGAAUUAGCUGGCUGGUGAAAGAGUGCAAUAUAUGAGAGGUAUAAUCCUAUUUUAUUAGCACAACCUUGGGAGCUAAUUAAAGAUAGAGUUUAUCUUUUUAGAAAGGAUUACCUUAUAGGUUCUUAAAAAAAUAUUUACAAGAAGCAAACUAGAUCUUUUACAACUUUACCCCUUAUCUUUAAUUUGUAUAAUUUUUGUACUAUAGAGCUAUGUGUAAAUGUUUCAGAUCUUCCUUAUGAAAAAAAUCUCAAUAAAUAUUUCAUUUUCAUUUACAUAUUUAACUCUUUGUUAUAAAAUGCCAACUUUUUAAAAAUCCUUGAAAUGGAUGAUUCCCACCGCCUCCCCACCCCCAGUGGAAGUAGGCUAACAAUCCUAAAUCAUUGCCAGAUUUCAUUAAAUAGUUAAUUAUUUGAAAAAGAAAUGAAUGACUUCAUACUUUUGUGAAACAAAUAUUCUGGUAAAGCCUUCUGUACAAAUGUUUGUGUUUUCAUUGCUACAUUUUGGGGUUUUCCUUUUACAAAGCAACCCACGUUGGGCAUUUUUUAAUAUAUAAUCAACAAUGACAUCUUUUGCCAAGUGCAUGCCUGCCUUUAUUUUUUAAUGUAUGGUAAUAAAGAGCAAAACUGGGUAGAUUUUUGCAUGAGCUGGUUCAGAAAGGUAAGAAGAAAAUAGAUAUUGGAGAUCUAGUUUUAAGUUUCUGACAGAUGAAAUAGGUUAAAAUCUCUCAUGCCCCGAACAUGGAAGCUUCCCAUUUCCUUCACCCCAUUGUG